GGCAUCGAGGAUCCUUUUGAAAGGCGAGGCGAUCGGCCAAAGCAGAGGUAAAGAAAGGGGGGAAAAAUGGCUUCCGUGGUGAAGAACAUUCUGAAGAGCGUCAGAGAGAAGGGUCUCGUAAAUUUCGCAAGGGAGCUUCGUGAAGAAGGAUUUCUGAAUUGUCUUUCGGAUGGAAAUCUUUUGCAAACUAAGAUUCACAACAUAGGUGCCACAGUAGUGGGUGUCGACAAAUUUGGCAAUAAAUACUACGAGAAGCUUGGUGACACGCAAUAUGGAAGACACAGGUGGGUGGAAUAUGCUUCCAAGGACCGUUACAAUGCUUCUCAGGUCCCACCGGAAUGGCAUGGUUGGCUGCACUUUAUAACUGAUCACACAGGAGACGAGCUACUAAUGCUUAAACCAAAGAGGUAUGGAUUGGAUCACAAGGAGAACUUCUCAGGGGAAGGAGAUGAAUACAUCUACCAUUCCAAGGGACACACAUUGAACCCUGGCCAGAGAGACUGGACCAGGUAUCAGUCAUGGCAACCCACCAAGACCCAAUAAUUUCAUAGUUUCUUGUUUUUUUUAUAAAACCAAUCGUUUGGAUACCCAUCAAUAAGCAGCAGCAGCGGCUUUGUGUGGUUGAAAAUAACGAAACAAAACUCGAGCAUCAAGUCGUUUCUUUGUUUCCUGUUAAGUAUAUUUAGGAAGGUUAUAUGAUUGCAUUUUGCAGUCCAUUUAGAAAGUCAUCUCUUGUUUCAUGUAUUGAAAGUGAAGUCCUUUUCUUGUUAUUACUGUGUUGAAUUUGAGUGCAUGAAGUAUAAGACUUGAAGUUUCCCACC